GCGUGAGCCGGAGCAUCCCCAAACGGCAGGGAAACCCAAACCCACCAAAAAGCCGAGCGAAGCAAAUCGUCGAACACAUGGAGACGGCCACGGAAGCUCCCGUACCACCAGAGGCGGCAUCCGGGAAGCUCCCCGCGCCCCCGUACCACCACCCCCCGGCUGAUGAGGCCGUGACGCCGCCGCCAAAGCCGAAAGCGGCUGCGGUGGGGCUGAGGACCCCCUCGCCGUCGCCGUCAGUGCAGGUGUCCGGGCACUCGCUCCACGACCUGCUCCUGCUGUCCCCGCCGCCCCCGAGCUCGCGCCGCCACCGGUCGAGGCAGCGUGGCGCGGUCGCGGGCGUGGACGAGAGCCUGGAGAUGGUCUCGGCGGCGGGGACGCCGACCCCGCCGAGGCGGAGGCGGCGCGGGGCCGGGGAGCAGUGCGCGGCGCCUGCGUUGGCGUCCCCGAGGAACGCGCGGCGGGCGAGGCGGAGGCUGGAGAAGGAGGUGGAGAACGAGGAGGACGCCGCCAGGAGGGCGCGCAGGAGGAAGUCCACCAUGGCGGCCCCGAAAACUGCAACGGCCGUGGACAAGGCGGUGACGGCUGCGGUGUACGAGGAGGAUACACGCUUGGCUUUGGUCCCGGCUUGUACAGAUGCUACUCACGACACAGGAACAGACCUCGUGGAGCAUUCUGGGUGGGAAGGUUUCUGGGAAAGGAUCGUUGAGUUGGUCAUGUGGAGGAACGUGGCAAAAUCGGCACUAUGGUUCGGGUUUGGAUCAAUGUUCUUCUUCUCGUGCUCAUUUUCAAGAGAGAUCGCCUUCAGCCCAAUCACAGCUCUCUGUCACCUUGGUGUUAUGAUAUUGGGCUUAGCUUUCUUCAAAGAUUCCGUUCCUCAGAGAAAAAUUAAUAUGAAUUUGCAAUUGGGUAGCAAGCCGCAGCUGGACAGAGGGACAAGCUUCCAAUUAACUGAAGAAGAUGUGCUUCGUGCUUCCCGAGCUGUGCUGCCGAUUGCAAACUCCAUGAUAUCUACAGCACAAGUGAUCUUCUCCGGUGAACCGUCGAUGACUCUCAAAGUAUUACCUAUUCUUCUGUUUGGUGCUAAAUAUGGGAGUCUGGUUACGGUCUGGAGGCUUCUAGCUACAGGAUUUUUCACCAGUUUUACACUCCCAAAGCUUUAUAGCUACUAUUCAAGUCAAAUUCAUAAAAGAGUUGAGAUUUUGGGAGAUCGGGUUCUAGAAGCAUGGAAGUCUUGCCCCCGCAAGAAACUUGUUGCAGCCACAGCAGUGACAAUGUGCUGGAGCAUGUUCAGUGUAAAGACACGCGUCAUGGCAGCCUUUGUUUCACUUGUAAUACUGCGCUAUAAUCAGAAGUACCGCAAGGCUGACAUGAACCCAGAGGUUGAAAGUUGCCAAAACGAGCAAGGGCAGAAAAUGGAGAUGGACGACUAAAUUUUGCAGUAUUUGUACUCACCUGCUAUGGUUCACUAUUAUUUCUGUACAAUAAUGUUCAGUUCCACAUCUAGUGGUUCUACUAGCUACAAUGCAUGCUGGGAAAUAAAACUGGAAGCUUGUCGUGUGUAUUCUCAAUUAUGCAGAGCCCUCUCUGAUCAGUAUAUGGUUAGAAUUUUAGUA